AUGGCAGCAAGCCUUAAAAACAAUCUACACACAAGUGAAGAUAAAGAAGUAAAGAUUUACGAAACUUUUGAAGAAAUACACGAACACAUUAACGAGCCGGACAACCAAGAUGGACAGUAUCAAGCUUCUAAGCGUUAUGAAAGUCGUGAAGAAGCAGUUGGUGGACCAGAAAAGAUUGAGGUAGAAAAGCACGAUGAUCCUGUUAAAAUUAAAGUCAAGCAUCAUCAUCACCAUCAUCAUCAUAACCAUGUUAAAGAAGUUAUAAGAUCCAUACCAAAGCCGUAUCCCGUUGAAAAAAUUGUACAUAUUCCAAUUGAGAAAAUCAUUGAAAAAAUUGUGCAAGUCCCAAAAAUUGUCAACGUAACAGUCGAGAAAAUUGUACAUGUGCCUGUAGAAAAAGUAAUUGAAAGGAUUGUUCGAGUUCCAAGGCCAGUUCAUAUAUCUAAGCCUUAUGUUGUUGAAAAAAUCAUGGAACAAAUUGUACACGUACCCAAACCUUAUCCUGUUCUAAAAACUGUUCCAUAUCCUGUUGAAAUCAAAGUGCCAAUAACCGUUGAAAAAAAAAUUCCAGUUCCCUUCACCGUUGAGGUCGAAAGAAAAGUGCCAGUUUACAUUAAAUCCCAAGAGCCAUACAGGUAUGAGCAUGCAUAUUAUAAAAACCAUGAAGACCAAGGGAACCAUUAA